CUUUUCUAAAUUUGAGGAAGUAACAGUCUAGGAAAUAAAGACAUCGGAGGAGUGGAAUCGAAGUAGCAGCAACAGUUGCAGCAGUCAAGGAGAGGAGUGGGAGUGGCGCCCCUCCCCAACCAAAUCAAGGGUUUCGACAGCAAGUUAGUUCUUCCUCUUCUCAGCGGCUAGCAAGUAACAAGAUCUCGCUUUUGUUGCUCGUUUGGUGCGGGAUCGCGAGAGAGCAGGAUUUGAUUUUGCUGGCCGCCUCGAUCUCCCCAUCGGGAGGCGGACGGGUGCCGUUUGGACGCUUGCUUUCAGCGUACGGGUAAGAGUUGGAGCGCUGUCGUUCUCAGUUAGGGAUUACUACUGCUUUUGUAUUUAUUGGGAGAUUCGCUUCGGCCGUUCUGAGAGGUUGGUAGGGUGGGAUUUGGGAAUUCUGAACUCUUCGGUUACGGUCUCUAUGGUUAUGGAAGCUUUCUGAGGCUGGAAAAUCGUUAUUUUCCGUGGUUCUUCUCGGGUUCUUUCCUCCUUUUCGGUUCUUUGGCUGCGGCGAGGUGAUGCCGAUACGGCUUGGAUGCAACGAUUUCUUUGGUGGUUGAAGGUGGUUUAAAACAUAUCUGGCCAAUCAAUCAAGAUAUCUUGGUGUUUCCAUGAUAUUAUCUUUUCAACUGCUAGAGUGAGUCGUCAUUGCUAGAAAAGAAGGGUCAGAAAAAAAAUUUAGUCACAUUUUACAUUGGUCACUUUGAGAACUUGAUCUGUGAUGGGAGAUGCUAGUCCUAGGACAGAUACCUCCACGGAUGUGGACACCGAUGAUAAAGAUCAGAGGUUAGAAUGCCGUCAACUUGCUGCUGUGGCAGCAUCUGAUUCUAGUGAUAGGUCAAAGGACAAAAUGUUGGAUCAGAAGACUCUUCGUCGUCUUGCUCAAAAUCGUGAAGCUGCCAGAAAGAGUAGGUUAAGAAAAAAGGCUUAUGUACAACAACUAGAGAGUAGUAGAUUGAAGCUUACUCAACUGGAGCAGGAGCUCCAAAGAGCUCGCCAGCAGGGUAUUUUUAUAUCUAGCUCAGGAGAUCAAGGCCAUGCUACUGGUGGGAAUGGGGCAUUAGCUUUUGAUGUUGAAUAUGCACGAUGGCUUGAAGAACAUAACCGGCAGAUAAAUGAACUGAGGGCUGCAGUUAAUGCCCAUGCAAGUGAAAAUGAUCUCCGUGCUAUGGUUGAUGGUGUCAUGACACACUAUGAGGACAUAUUUAGGGUUAAGGGCGUCGCUGCCAAGACAGAUGUCUUUCACAUAUUAUCAGGUAUGUGGAAGACACCAGCCGAAAGGUGUUUCCUGUGGCUGGGUGGCUUCCGAUCAUCUGAGCUUCUAAAGAUACUUGCAAGCCAACUGGAACCUCUAACAGAGCAGCAAUUGAUGGGGAUAUGCAACCUUCAGCAGUCAUCGCAACAGGCUGAGGAUGCUCUCUCUCAAGGGAUGGAGGCCUUGCAGCAGUCCCUGGCAGAAACAUUGGCAGGUUCACUUGGCCCAGCAGGAUCCUCAGGAAAUGUUGCAAAUUACAUGGGUCAAAUGGCUAUGGCUAUGGGAAAACUUGGAACUCUUGAAAACUUUCUUCGCCAGGCUGACAAUCUACGCCAACAGACCUUACAACAAAUGCAUCGGAUAUUGACUACUCGACAAUCUGCUCGAGCACUGCUGGCCAUAAAUGAUUAUUUUUCACGUCUUCGUGCCUUGAGCUCCCUUUGGCUUGCUCGGCCUAGGGAAUAAGAAACCCUAUUUGUUUGCUUCGCCCAGCCCAAGAUUCUACUAAAAUUAUCUUCAGUUGGAUUACUACCGCCAACCGUAUGCACAGAUGGAUGAUCAAUGAAGUUAAAUCAAAACAUGUAUAGCGAGCAUAGCCCAUCUCAAGCAGCGUAGCGUAGUGAAAUAUAUAAAAAAAUCCCUUCUGUUUUGCUAUUUUGUGUGCUAGUUAGUCAAAACUAUAAAGAGUCGUUAUUUAAAUAAUGAUCAAUCCGAAUUUUUUGCUGACGCUUCUUUUCUCUUGUUUCUUCAAGAAACAAUUUUCCUGCAUUUGAUGUAUGCAUGAUUAAUGUAUCAGUACAAGUUUCUUUACGGGAUCUGUUGCUGAUCCUAAGAUACUGUUGUUUA